UAUAAUUUAAUUAAAAUGAAAUUAUCGUUGUUGUAUUAUGGUAGUGUAUGUUGUAUAAUAGCUGUAUGUAUGUUUGUAACUUGUUUCGCUUAUAUUGGUAGUGUUAAAUUUGGGGGAGAAAAUCAAGUUGUUGAGCUCUCUGCUUUGGAUUGUUUUUCUAGUGAAACAAUUAAGAUUAUAGGUCAUCAAUGGUAUUGA